AUUUGGUAUUUUUAUUGGUUGUGUGCGAAAAGCAGACGGAUAAAAUAAAGAAGUAAAGGAACAGAACGCAAAGCAAAGCGAAUGCAUAUAAUCGCGAAAUGAUAUUGACGCGCUAGAAAUUAAGCUAAUGAAGCAAUUGCUUCGCCAGUUAAAAAGCAUUCGCACUCGCUAUUUUCAUUGAGCCGAACACCCAGCCCAAAAAAAGGGAAAGAAAAAGAAAAGAAACGCGUGCGAGAGCGAGAGGGCAAGAAAGACAGGGGAGAAAAGCAAAAUCGAGUGAUUUUUGUAAAGGGUUUUCCCUGAGUUUUCCUGUGUAUUUUCCGUGUUUUUGGACGUGUUUUUCCGAGUGUUUCGCGUCGUCGUCCAGUCGGAGAAGGAAAAAUGGAUGCGGAUAGGGGCGGCGGGCAGGAGACGAAGGUGAUAUACCACAUCGACGAUGAGACGACGCCGUAUCUGGUGAAGAUCCCCAUUCCAUCCGCCCAGGUGACGCUGCGCGACUUCAAGCUGGUGCUAAAUAAGCAGAACAACAAUUACAAGUACUUCUUUAAGUCGAUGGACGCGGAUUUCGGCGUGGUCAAGGAGGAGAUUGCGGAUGACUCCACCAUUUUACCCUGCUUCAAUGGGCGGGUAGUGUCUUGGCUGGUUUCCGCCGACGGCACCAAUCAGUCAGACAACUGCUCCGAGCUGCCCACCAGUGAGUGCGAACUGGGUCUUGGGCUGACCAACAGGAAGCUCCAGCAGCAACAGCAGCAGCAGCAAGUCCAACAGCAACAGCAGCAGGUGCAGCCUGUCCAGCUGGCGCAGCAGCAACAACAGCAGGUCCUACACCAUCAGAAGAUGAUGGGCAAUCCGCUCUUGCAGCCACCACCGCUCACAUAUCAGUCGGCAUCCGUGCUUUCCAGCGAUCUGGAUUCCACCAGUCUCUUUGGCACCGAAUCCGAGUUGACCCUCGACCGCGACAUGACCGAUUACAGCAGUGUCCAGCGAUUGCAGGUGCGCAAGAAGCCGCAGAGACGCAAAAAACGGGCGCCAAGCAUGUCCCGCACCUCCUCGUACAGCUCCAUAACCGACUCGACCAUGUCCCUGAACAUAAUCACUGUCUCCAUUAAUAUGGAGGCUGUCAACUUUCUGGGCAUCUCAAUCGUCGGGCAGUCAAAUCGCGGCGGCGAUGGCGGCAUCUACGUGGGCAGCAUCAUGAAGGGAGGAGCUGUUGCUUUGGAUGGACGCAUAGAACCGGGCGACAUGAUCCUUCAGGUGAACGAUGUCAACUUCGAGAACAUGACCAACGACGAGGCAGUGAGAGUGCUGAGAGAAGUGGUGCAGAAACCCGGACCUAUCAAGUUGGUGGUGGCCAAGUGCUGGGAUCCAAAUCCGAAGGGCUACUUCACCAUACCGCGCACGGAGCCGGUUCGACCCAUUGAUCCAGGCGCCUGGGUGGCGCACACUCAGGCUCUCACAUCGCACGACAGUAUUAUUGCCGACAUUGCAGAACCGAUUAAGGAACGACUGGACCAGAACAACCUCGAGGAGAUAGUCAAGGCUAUGACGAAGCCGGACAGCGGUCUCGAGAUAAGGGAUCGCAUGUGGCUAAAGAUUACGAUCCCGAACGCGUUUAUUGGUGCCGAUGCGGUCAACUGGGUGCUGGAAAAUGUAGAAGAUGUGCAGGACAGGCGGGAGGCGCGAAGGAUCGUUUCGGCCAUGCUGCGGAGCAACUACAUCAAGCACACGGUCAACAAGCUGACCUUUUCGGAGCAGUGCUACUACGUGGUAAACGAAGAGCGCAAUCCCAAUUUAUUGGGCCGAGGCCAGGGCCAUCUGCAUCCGCACCAGUUGCCGCAUGGGCAUGGCGGCCAUGCGCUAAGCCAUGCGGACACCGAGAGCAUCACCAGCGAUAUCGGGCCACUCCCGAACCCGCCCAUAUACAUGCCAUACUCGGCCACGUACAAUCCAAGUCACGGCUAUCAGCCGAUCCAGUACGGCAUCGCCGAGCGACACAUCUCUUCGGGAUCGAGUAGCAGCGAUGUGCUCACCAGCAAGGAUAUCUCGGCGUCGCAGAGCGACAUCACCUCGGUGAUCCAUCAGGCCAACCAGCUGACCAUCGCCGCCCAUGGCUCCAAUAAAUCCUCCGGGUCCUCCAAUCGCGGAGGAGGUGGAGGCGGCGGCGGUGGCAACAAUACCAACGAUCAGGACGUAUCCGUAUUUAAUUACGUAUUGUAGAAACCUUUCUUUUUGCAAUCAAAUUGUGUUUUUAAUUAAUUAAAUUAAAUAUGUACGAUUAUUCUUUUUUAUAUACGAGUAUACAAAGCAAGCAAACAGCAAACAACAAUAUAAUAAUUAUAAUAAUACUUAUGUAUAUGUAUGGUACGUGUAAGUUAUAGAAAAGAACGCUAAACAGCCAGCCACAAAGAGAAGGAUCAACGAGAUCGGGAGGAGCAAGGAACACCACAGGGAUAUCCGUGUCCGGCAUAAUUCGGUUGUGGAGACGAUCAGAUCAGAUCAACUGAGAUAUAUGAUAUGUGAGCAGGAGCGGAUGGAGCAGCAGAAAUGGCAGCACGACGGGCGAGGAUGAUUUUGAAUAAAGUUCUAAGAAUUUAGUAAUCACAAAGUAAAUAAAUACAAAUAAAAUGAAUAA